AUGAAAGCCAAGUCUAUUCCUUCUAAAAGCAUUAAAGUUACAAAGAAAUCAAAGAAGUCGGUUCCGAAACCAAGGUCUCCAUCACCGGUGCUUCAAGAUAAAUCUGCAGAAAGGACUGUAUCUUCUCCUCCAUCCUCUACCAUUCCAGAAUCUGAUGUUCUUGAAACUAUCAUGAAGGAACCAUUUUCGAAUCUCACCACUCCUCCACCUCCACCUCCACUAAAUCCACCAACUUUACCCAUGUCAAUCUCACCCAUUACAAAUUCCAUUCUGAUUUUAAUCCCACUUUCGACUCCCUUUUUCACAUACUCAAUCGUUCCUACAACAACCUCUGUUACAACUUCACCAGAAGUUCCUAUUAUCAAAUCCAUUUCGGAGGAGAUUAGGACUUCAAGCAUCUCAGGUAACACAUUUGAUGUGGAGCCAAAUGCCAAUAUUGGUGUGUCUUCUGAACCAUCCACCUCUAUUCCACCAACUUUGCAUGAGGAUGUUGAUAUUAUGUUUAGGGAUGACCAAGAACCUCUUGAUGAUUUUGUCUUCCACCCAUUUACCGUAAAUAUCGAUAUUGAUAAUGAUGAUUCCCCUAUUACUAAAGGUCAAUUCAAGGAACUGAAAAAAGCUUGA